AUGUCUGACGCAGGAGAAGAAGUCCCUCAAGUUGAGGCCGCCGAGGAAAUUGAAGUUCCCGCCGAUGCCUCCGCCGGCAAAAGUCAGAUGUCCGUCGAGGACUCCCUCAAGGGUGUUCUCAAGCACGCCCUCAUCCACGAUGGUCUUGCCCGUGGUCUCCGUGAGGCCUCCAAGGCCCUUGACCGCCGCCAGGCCCACAUGUGUGUCUUGAACGAGAACUGCGAGGAGGAGCCAUACAAGAAGCUCGUUGAGGCUCUCUGUGCCGAGCACAAGAUUCCCCUCAUCAAGGUCGCUGAUGGAAAGAAGCUCGGAGAGUGGGCUGGACUUUGCGUCCUUGACCGUGAGGGUAACGCCCGCAAGGUUGUUAACUGCUCUUGCGUUGUUGUCCGCGACUGGGGUGAAGAGUCCAUGGAGCGCAACAUCCUCCUUGAGUACUUCCAGACCAGGUAG